CCAGUGCGUAAUACUUAAUUUGCCAUUUGGUGUUGUGUUUUGCUUUAGUCUGAAGUGCAUAGUUCGUCUGUGCGUUUGUGUUAAGUUAGCACACAGCUAACACUAAAUAACAUAUACACCUGUUGUAUUACAAGGUGAUACUGAUACAGUUGAAAAUGGAUUUCAACGACAAAGUUGUUCUUAUCACCGGCGCCAGUUCUGGAAUCGGCGCAGCGACAGCGAUACACUUCUCAAAACUGUCUGCGAGUUUAGCACUCGUCGGCCGCAAAGAGAACAACCUGAAAAGAAUUGCUCUGUACUGCGAAAAGGCUAAAGCUAUAAAACCUCUGACUAUAGUGGCUGAUGUUACAGAUGAUUCGGCUUUAGAGCGGAUUGUAACAGAAACUAUUGAUAACUUCGGUAAGAUAGACGUUUUGAUCAAUAACGCUGGAGUUAUUGCCAUGGGAGGACUAAAGACGUCUGAUGUUGAUACUUACGACAAGGUUAUGGCCGUAAAUAUGAGAGCAGUAUUCCAAUUGACAAAACUCUUCACACAGCACCUUGUGGAAAGCAAAGGUUGUAUUGUCAACGUAUCCAGUAUUCUCAGUACUAAAGUUACUACACAGUCGUUAGCCUACAGCUUGUCGAAGGCUGCUUUGGAUCAGUUCACAAAAUGCGUCGCUUUAGAAUUGGCGCCAGAUGGUGUAAGAGUCAACUCAGUGAACCCGAGUUACGUGAAAACUAAUUUGUUGAAAGACAUCGGUUUAACAGACGAUCAAUUGGAUUUGUACACGCAGAAUUUUGUUAGUAAGACGCCCCUUAAGAAGUUGGUGGAAGGUGAUGAGGUUGCGAGCCUCAUUGCGUUUUUGGCGAGUGAUAAAGCCAAGAGCAUCACUGGAACCUGUGCUGCAAUAGAUGCUGGGAAAUCGUUAAGCUAAUAAUUUUAUUACAUGCGUCGUUUCAACCGUUUUUGUCAUACCUAUGUGGCUUUUUGGGAUAUCCACUCUUCGGUCUUUAGCCUAUUUCCAUUGAUCUUGAUAACCUGUUCUUAAGAUGGAUUGAUGGCGGUUUAUUAAUAUGAGACACAAGACAGAACCGUACUACAGCAGAAUUAAGAGACACGGUUGUUCCCUUACAGCUUAUGGGAUUUAAUUUAUAGAAUACCAAAGGAGUCGCAGUAUCGCGUAGUUCCGCUGCUUAAUUAAUGCAUUUGGCAUUGAACGCGGAAAAAUCUAACAAUAUGGAUGCUACUCUAGCGUAGCAUCAGCAUGCCCAGCUUCUGGGAGUAGCAAGUGAGAUUUUUUAAGGUCAGAUCAUCCGCGGCUGUUUUGUGAUUUUUUUCAGAGGGCCCUCUAUAAUCGAUUCUGAAGCCAGACUGUUUCAAUUGUUCAUUUUUACUGUCUGUCUGUAGCUUGGGCAUCAUACAUUUUUCAAGAGUUUAUUUAUUACUUUCUAGUCUUGCGGGUUACCGGCACAACCCAGCUUUUUUUCUUCGAUAGUGACUUGUUUUGUUCCUAAAAAGUUGGCGAAAAUUAUCUGCCAGUUUAUUUUGAUUAUAAUCGAAGAAAUGUUUACUAUACUAAUCACAACUAGGUAAUAACAUAUUCUAUUAAUUCGUCUUUAAUUAAAUAAUUUAUUGUUAAUGUAAUUAAUAGCUACAGGAAAAUCGCAUUCUCCGUAGAACUACUUCUACUUCAAAGAGGUACAUAGUGUAAAUAUAUAAAGUAUACCUUCAGUAUUUUAUUAAGUGGGUAUGUAGGUACUAUACAAAUUAACAAGUAAAACAAAUAAGCGUAGGUAAUUCCUGAAGUAGUUGCGAUUUUUGUGACAGAGCUCGUCCGGGGAAAUACUGUCGCCAUGCCGUUAAGCAGCAUUGUUGCAAUCUGUGUGCCGGUCUGAAGUGCGUGAUUGCCGGUGUAUCUACAGGCUCAUGAAGUUUAACCUGCUCACGUUGAUGGACACAGAGUGGCAUGUUGCAGGACCUGCCCCUUGGGCGAUGGUUUUAUAGGCGAUGGUUUCCGCUUACCAAAAGCAAGGCUAGCACGGGCGGGAGAUAAAAAUUAUAU